GCUCUGGGAAUCGUAGUCUCUGGCCCAGUGUGGGCCUGGGUGCCCCGCGCCCAGCAGUGACAGCUCUGGAGCUGAUGCAACGUGGCCUGCGUGGGGAUGAGGGGCCUCCAGAUGCCCGUCCAUCGCCAAGGGAGAAGGAACAGGCUAGGACCCUCCCUUCCCCAAAGCUGCGUGUGUCUGCUCAGAAGAGGCCAGCAUGGACCAGUCUGUGGCCAUCCAGGAGACCCUGGCUGCUGGGGACUAUUGCAUCCACGCGGUGCAAGGUGUGCUGUGUGAGGGAGACAGUCGGCAGAGUCGCCUCCUGGGGCUUGUCCGCCACCGCCUGGAGCAGGGUGGCCAGGAACACGCCCUCUUCCUCUACACGCACCGGAGGAUGGCCAUCACCGGGGAGGAUGUCUCUUUGGACCAGAUGGUGCCACUCUCUCGGGAUUUUUCGCUGGAGGAAGUGUCCCCAGAUGGUGAACUCUACAUCCUUGGCUCCGAUGUGACUGUCCAGCUGGAUACGGCAGUGCUCAGCCUCAUGUUCAAGCUACCCUUUGGCUCACAUACGAGGAUGUUCCUCCAAGAAGUGGCCAGGGCCUGUCCAGGCUUCGAUCCAGCGACCCCACACCCUGAGUUCCUGUGGCUGUCUCGAUACAGAAGCACCGAGCAGGAGUUGGAAUGGGCGAAGUGGUCCACCCCGCAGAGUUGGAACGCCGCCCCAGGUGGUUCUACCGUUGACAGUUCAGGGCCAAAUGGGAAAGGUCUGCUUGGAGAGCAAGGCUCCUGGGCUCAGGAGAAACCCGACGGCGUGUCCACAAGGCAGAACAAAUCGAAGUCUGAAAUCACCGACAUGGUUAGCUCCUCCACAAUCACCGUAGCAGACAAAGCUCAUAUUCUGUCGGUGCAGAAGUUUGGGCUGCGAGAUACCCUGGUGAAGUCACAUCUGGUGCAGAAGGAAGAGGAUUAUACCUACAUCCAGAACUUCAGGUUCUUUGUGGGAACAUACAACGUGAAUGGACAGUCCCCCAAAGAAUGCCUCCAGCCCUGGCUGAGCCAUGACCUCCAGGCCCCUGACGUGUACUGUGUCAGGUUCCAGGAGCUGGAUCUGAGUAAGGAAGCCUUUUUCUUCCACGACACCCCAAAGGAGGAGGAGUGGUUUAAAGCCGUGUCAGACAGUCUUCAUCCAAGUGCCAAAUACGCAAAGGUGAAGCUCAUCCGGCUGGUCGGGAUCAUGCUGCUGCUGUACGUCAGGCAGGAACACGCAGCGCACAUCUCGGAAGUGGAAGCGGAGACGGUGGGGACAGGCAUCAUGGGGAGGAUGGGUAACAAAGGCGGCGUGGCCAUCCGGUUCCGGCUACACAACACCAGCAUCUGCGUGGUGAACUCUCACUUGGCAGCGCACCCCAUGGAGUAUGAGCGGAGGAACCAGGACUACAGGGACAUUUGUUCCCGGAUGCAGUUCUGUCAGGUGGACCCCAGCCUGCCCCCUCUCACCAUCAGCAAGCACGACGUGAUCCUGUGGCUGGGGGACCUCAACUACAGGAUAGAAGAGCUGGACAUGGAGAAAGUGAAACAGCUCAUUGAAGAGAAGGCCUUCCAAGCCCUGUAUGCAUACGACCAGGUACAGAUGGCCCCUUGUGCCCUCUGCAGACAGCCACCCUGUCUCAUGGGGGCACGGACACACCGGGCUCCCCUCUCUCAGCUCUCUCUCCUUCCUUGGUGUGGGAGGGGUCCCAGAGGAGCUGGCGCUGUCCAGGGCAUCUCCCUGUUUCAUCUGCAUGUGAGAGUUGUCAAUGAAGAACUCUACCGGAAGACUCUGGAAGAGAUUGUGCGCUCCCUGGACAAGAUGGAGAAUGCCAACAUUCCGUCUGUGUCCCUUUCCAAGCGGGAGUUCUGCUUUCAGAAUGUGAAGUACAUGCAGUUGCACGUCGAGUCCUUCACGAUCCAAAACGGGCCAGUGCCCUGUCAGUUUGAAUUCAUCAACAAGCCCGGCGAAGACUCCUACUGCAAGCAGUGGCUGAAUGCCAGUCCCAGUAGAGGCUUCCUCCUGCCAGAUUCCCACAUGGAGAUCGAGUUGGAGCUGUUUGUUAAUAAGACCACGGCAACAAAGCUCAACUCAGGCGAAGACACCAUCGAGGACAUUCUGGUUCUGCACCUGGAGAGGGGAAAGGAUUACUUCUUGCCUGUGUCGGGGAACUACUUGCCCAGCUGUUUCGGGUCACCCAUUCAUACCUUAUGCUACAUGAAGGAGCCCAUCUUGGACCUUCCACUGGAAACGAUUAGAGAGCUGACUCUGAUGCCCAUGCAGACCCAAGAUGAUGGGAGCCAGCUGGAGAAGAACCACAUGGAAAUCCCCAAGGAGCUCUGGAUGAUGGUCGAUUUCUUGUACCGGAAUGCUGUUCAGCAGGAAGAUCUGUUUCAGCAGCCUGGCCUAAGGUCAGAAUUUGAGCAUAUCAGGGACUGUUUGGACACUGGGAUGAUCGACUCUCUCGCUGCUAACAAUCAUUCCGUAGCCGAGGCCUUGCUGCUUUUCCUUGAGAGCCUGCCAGAGCCUGUCAUCUGUUACAGCACCUACCAUACCUGCUUGGAGUGUUCUGGCAACUACAGCGCAAGUAAACAGGUCAUUUCCACCCUCCCCACAUUCCACAGAAAUGUCUUCAACUACUUGAUGGCAUUCUUGAAAGAACUGCUGAAAAAUUCAGCCAAAAACCACUUGGACGAGAAUAUUCUAGCCAGCAUCUUUGGCAGCUUGCUACUUCGAAACCCAGCUGGUCACCAAAAACUUGAAAUGGCAGAGAAGAAGAAAGCUCAAGGGUUUAUCCACCAGUUCCUCUGCAGUUCCCCCUGAGCCUCCCGUGCUUUGCCGGAGGCAGCCACUGCCAGCCUCACCUGCGUUCCACUUCAGGGAUGCCCUAAGGAGAGUGUGAGCCCCCCUGAAAGCGAGAAGGGCAGCUGCCUGUGUCCUGAGCCCAGGACCCCAUGGCUAGCACAAACAGCGACUGUGAGUUCUGAAGACUUAGGAGGGGGAAAUUGUCAACAAUAGUUAAAACUGACACUCAACGUUCAACUUUAGUUAUUUAACACAGAUAGGUUUUCUUUUUGAUUUUUAAAAUGUAAACAAAAAUACUAAACCAUGUACAAUCAGCCUGCUUCCAGGGCACAGUCAGUGCCUUCCCUGGGGCCGGGCUGAGCUUCCUGCGAUCAGGUAUUAUUUAAACAGACCAGAAAGUGAGUAGGACUGCAAGAAUGGAAGCUGCGGGACGCACCACAGCUGCAGGAAGGACCACAGCCACCCCAGAUGCUUCCAGGGCCCGGUCCGAGGACGUGCACACAUGCAUAUGCAGAUCCUGUGCCCCAACACCCACAAAUGUGGUUCAGUAACUGUGAGGCUGGCCGCUGAGGACAACAAAAAGUCUUGGAAAUUAAAACACUGAGGAAAUCAGUGUUCUGACGAAACUAGUGGGAUUCUUCCGACCAACCAACCCUCCAGACUUGUAUAUAAUGCAAUCUUUCUCUGCCAUGUGUAAUAUAUUUGGAUGAUAAAUGUAUUUUUAACAGUG